GCGGCGCCGUUGCAGAGACGCCACAACACCGCCGAGGCACGGUGGCGAGCGGCACCAACACGCGGCUGGCGGCACAAGCUGGAGGUUGGGUUGACAUAACACAAAGCGUUAGAGUUUACAAGAGGAAGGUGCAUUGGCGAGACUGUGGCGCGUGGCUGCGAGUGCUGGCAGGACGUUAUCACACACCACUAUGGGAAGGAAAGGAAGGAAACGUGGCAAAAAUGACGGAGAGAGUAGAGUAGAGCGUCCCAAAAAGGAGCGGCCCCCAGGAGUGAGCUAUGAAGAAGUAGUUCGAGAAAAUAAGAAUUUUGAAACAUUUUACAAGGCUCAGAAAGUUGUACCUGAAGGUGAAUGGGAAGAAUUCCUUGCGUGCAUGAAAGAGAAUCUGCCUGCUGCCUUUCGUCUCACAGGAACAAAAGAUAUGGCGUGUGCACUGCUCAGAGUAAUGAAGACAACAUUUUUUGAACCACUUUCUCAGAUUAUUCCACCAGAACUCACUCCAGAAGAGCAGGAAGCUGGUGAAGAACCUGUCAAACCUCUGAAGCCUUUUUGUUUGCCAUGGUACCCAAAUAAUCUGGCAUGGCAGUUGAACUUGACCAGGAAAAAUAUUCGCCGUUGUGAAGCAUACUGGCAGUUACACCAGUUCCUCAUAUCAGAGACAGAGACUGGCAACAUAUCUCGUCAAGAAGCUGUGAGCAUGAUACCACCUGUUGUCCUGGAUGUUCAGCCACACCACAAGGUGUUGGAUAUGUGUGCAGCACCAGGCAGCAAGACCGCCCAGCUCAUUGAGUUCCUUCAUAGUGCAAAUGAUGAUCGCUCAGCAGCCAUACCUGAGGGGAUAGUUGUUGCUAAUGAUGCUGACAAUAAGCGUUGUUACAUGCUUACUCAUCAAGCCAAGCGAUUACAGAGCCCUGCCAUCAUAAUAACCAAUCAUGAUGCUGCCUUCAUGCCAAACAUCCACCAUACACGCAAAGAUGGAAGUGUUGGACCCAUCAAGUUUGACCGUAUUCUCUGUGAUGUUCCAUGUUCAGGAGAUGGUACACUUAGGAAAAAUUUUGAUGUUUGGGCAAAAUGGAAUCCUGUUAAUGGAGCAAACUUACAUGGCUUGCAGUUGAGAAUAGCUCGCCGAGGAAUAGAGAUGCUAGCAGUGGGAGGGCGUCUUGUUUACUCCACCUGCUCCCUUAAUCCUCUGGAAAAUGAAGCUGUCAUCCAGAGGCUACUGAUGGAGGCUGAUGGCUCCAUUCAAUUGGUUGAUGUUUCAAGCCAGUUACCUGGGCUGAAGUUCAUGCCAGGUUUGGAAGAGUGGCUACUUAUGAAUCGGGAGAUGGAGGCUAUCAAGUCUGUUACUGAAAUACCUUUGAAGAACACAAAUCUGUUUAAUAAACACCUCUUUCCACCCUCAAUGGAAAACAAAGAAAAACUAAAUCUGAAGAGAUGCAUAAGAAUUUUGCCACACCACCAAGACACUGGAGGGUUCUUUGUGGCAGUUCUUGAGAAGACCAAGCCUCUUCCUGGUGAAAAGGUUUACAAGGAAAUCAACCAAGAAGAAAUCCCCACUGUACCAGACACUGCAACUCAAAGAAUUAGACAACCACCUAAAAAGAAACGGCGCCAGGGAUUCAGAGAAGAACCAUACUAUUAUUUUGAAAAAGAUGAGGUAGUGUGGCCAGGUAUUGAUGCCUUCUAUGGGAUGCAUGAGGAUGUAGAUCCAGGCCUCUUCCUUACCCGGACCAAGGAUGGGAAGAAAAGGAACAUAUAUUUCACCAACAAAUGUAUUAAAGAUGUUGUUGCUCAGAACCAAGACCAUAUCAAGAUAAUCAACACAGGUGUCAAAGUGUUGGUAAGGAGUGACAACAAAGGCUCUCCAUGUGACUUCAGAUUAGCUCAAGAUGGUUCAAGAGUAUUGUUACCAUUAUUCAGCAAACGCAAAAUCUGUGUGACCAAAAAUGACUUGGUCAUAAUGCUGCAGAAUGAUGACAUGGAAAUGCCUCCAGAAAUAGCAACACUUGAUUCCAAAACGCAAGAGCAAUGUGCAGACCAUUGUACAGGAGCCAUUGCAUUCUUGUAUGAAGAGGAUGGUUUGAAAAUCCAGUUGGUGGGAUGGAAAGGCAACAAGUCUGUGAGAGCCUAUGUUGCUAAGAAUGAUCGCAUCCAUUAUCUCAGAUUGUUGGGUGCAGACACUUCGAAGUAUGAAAAGAAUAAAUUUGCUGAGCAAAGAAAUUUAGAUAGCAUGAAUGUUGAUGUAAAAGAGUCCACUCCAGAUGACAUGCAGACUGAUGUAAAUGAUGAGAAUGGGGAAAGUAAUGAUAAAGGUGAAACAGAUGUUUGUGAUGGUAUCCAAGAAAAUUGAGAUAAGUAUGUGAAUAUUUGUCUCCCCUGACAUAUUAUUUUAUCUUAUUUUAUUUAUGUAUUGUUUUUUUUAGUUACUUUUUCUCUGCUAACCCAACUUGCUUAUAACCUUCAGGGUAGGCAAAAGGGCAUUUCUCAUCUCAAGUAGCAAGGAUCCAGACACAUGCAUCCUACAGAAAAAUAGGAAUGUUGUUGCCAUUCCUGCAUAACCAUAUACAUAUGUACAAGGGGUAGGAUUGCUAGCAAUUCCUACAGGAUUAUACAGCUCUGAUUUCAUUAUUUUACAAUGUUUUAGCCUCCUCUGUGCAUCAAAGCAGAUUUGUGUUAUGACAGACCUGCAAAGUUUUUUUAUGUUACAACAUGCCACUGAUCAAAUAGUACACAUUUUAUAACAUCAGUUCUGAUCUUUAUUAUUGAUUGAAUUAUUGUAAGUCAAAUAGCAUUAUUAAAUAAAAGAGAAGGAUGUGAGUCUCAAUAAACUCCAUUACAAUUUAAGGAAUUUCACAUAGAUAUAUACUUACAACAUUUUGAAGAUUUUCACUUUACAUUUUCUAAAUAGAAAUAGACAUUAUUUGCUGUAUGUGUUGGAUGAUAUAUGUAUAUGUAUUUUCUGAAUGGAUUUUCUUGUGUUAAAAGUUAUUACAACAUGAUAAAUGUUUAUUUUAUGAGGAAUCCUGAUUUUGCAGAGUAUUUUAUCUAGAUGUAAAUUCAAUAUCAGAAUAUGGAGUGCAAAAAUAAAUGUUUUACAUGAAA